AAUGCAUCGUUUAUUUGUGAUUUUGGUACUUGGGCGUUAAUGGAGAUGAAGCUGAGGCAGCGCCCGCGGAUGAGGAGCCAACUCGCCACCGUACGCUCGGCCUUUCAGACUAUUUCUUCCUCCUCCCUUAAUUCUCCUCCUCUCAUCAGCUUUCUCUUUCAUCAAUCCUUUUUCAAUGGUCGCUCUCUCUCAUGCUCAGCUGCCGCCACUCUUCUUUCCGUUCCUUCUGGAGACGGCGACAAGAGUGGUGGGAUUCCAGUGGAAGAACCCAAAGUGCUUUUAAAAGGGAUGAGAUAUCACGAACUCGAGAUGGCUAUGAGCUUCUUGUUGUCUGUUGGGAAAUCAUGGGUUACAACAAAAUGGAUUCAGUCUCAUGGUUAUAGGCCUGGUCAGGCCCUGAUGUUAUGGAGACGACUCUAUGGAAAUAGCAUUUGGGCUCAAUGCCACGAAGAAUUAGAAGGUUUGAACAAGGACCUCAAAAGUAUGUUACGAGAUCAUGCUGCAUUCAAGGCUCUACAUUUUAAGGAUAUGCAUUCAGCAUCUGAUGGAACCAAAAAGAUAUUAUUCACGUUGGACGAUGGAUUGGUGAUAGAAACUGUUGUGAUUCCUUGUCCAAGGGGCCGAACUACAGUUUGUGUUUCAAGUCAAGUGGGCUGCGCAAUGAAUUGCCAGUUUUGUUACACAGGAAGAAUGGGAUUGAAAAGGAACUUAACUGCAGCUGAAAUAGUGGAGCAGGCUGUUCUUGCAAGACGACUGCUUUCACAUGAAGUCGGCAACAUAACUAAUGUUGUCUUCAUGGGAAUGGGUGAACCACUUCACAACAUCGAGAAUGUUAUAAAAGCUGCCGAUAUAUUGGUAGAUGAUCAAGGCCUUCAUUUCAGCCCCAGGAAGGUUACUAUUUCAACAAGUGGGCUUGUUCCUCAAAUAAAGCGUUUUCUCAAAGAAUCUAAUUGUGCAUUAGCUGUCAGCUUGAAUGCUACCACGGAUGAGGUCAGGAAUUGGGUCAUGCCAAUUAACCGUAAGUAUAACCUGGAGCUGCUUCUUGGUACACUUCGGGAGGAAUUACGUCUUAAACACAACUACAAAGUCUUGUUCGAAUACGUGAUGCUUGCUGGAAUCAAUGACAGUGUUGAAGAUGCAAAGCGGCUGAUCAAUCUCGUCCAAGGCAUUCCAUGCAAGAUCAACCUCAUCUCCUUUAAUCCUCACUGUGGAUCCCAUUUCAGGCCAACCAAAGAGGAGAAGAUGAUUGAAUUCCGCAAUAUCUUAGCCCAAUCUGGGUGUGUUGUUCUCUUACGAUCGAGUAGAGGCGAUGAUCAGAUGGCCGCAUGCGGCCAGCUUGGCAAGCCUGGCGAAAUCCAGGCUCCUUUGCUUAAAGUCCCACCAAAGUUCCGGGUCGCGCUACAGGCUUCAGUUUGAACAGUUCUAAUAUGUUCCUUUGUUGUUGUUUUAAUGGGGAUAGAAUGAUAAAAUCAGUAUUCUUCUCACACAGGAAGUUUGCAGAUAUGUACCUGAAUAUAAUUAGGGGAGUUUCAGAGUGGAUUAUUUGACAUAGAUAUUUUAUUUUAUUUUAUUUUAUUAUUUUUUUCGAAACGAUAGACUUUAUAAAUAACACAUUUAUUUACAGUCUAGAAAACAUACAGUAACAUCCGAGUCCAGCAGCUACACAACUGAAUUUAAUAGAAAGAAUACACGAAUGUAGCAUAGAUCCUACAAUACUAACACAAACAAAACCCACAGUGCUAGAUACUCCAAUAAGUGCAGAAUACAAACUCAUAAAAUGGAGAAUAAAACUCCUGAAAGAAGAAUAUGUUGGGUCUAUGAGGAACGACGUCGAUAUGCACAUUCAAAUCUAAUAGAUUAAUUCCUAAUGUAGUAGAAUCUAUAGUA